UGUCAUUCGUUUGUUUUGUAAUUUAAUUUUGCGGUAGUCAUUGAAUAUCGAGUGUGUGUUGUUUACUCAUAAGUUUAUAUUUAAACAAAGAAAUCAACAGGCCAGUGUAAAAAUAAAUUAAUAAAUUCUGUAAGAAUUUGAAAUAAAGUGAAAACAAAUAAAUUGGGAAAAAUUCUAAUUAGAGGCCGAUAAAAGAUAAUAACCGAGAAGAAGAAGACGAGACUCAAAACAAGAACAAAAAGAGGCAAAAACACCGGUUCAGCAGAGUAGGCAAAUGAAACAACAAAACAAAAAAAUAACAUAGACGACAAGCAUCACAUCCAUCAGUCGGACAGACAACCAGCCAGCCAGUUAGACAAAGUGCAAGCAAGUCUGAGCAAAUGCCGUCUGUAAAUGUAAAAUAGCAGCAAAGUGUAAUACAAAACAACAAAGAGGCCGGUCGUGUAACAAAGUGAAGAGAAAAGUGCAUUGCACCAAACAAAUAAACGGACGGACGGACAGAGACGUUCAGUUGAGAAACGUGCAAAACGUGGUGGUGUCAGUGCUGCUGUUGUUCUGCCUUUGUGUGAUUAUUUUACAUUCUUCGUCUGGUUCGCCUGGUGCGUGUUGUUAAAUGAUUCAUAAACAAAUUACAAUCGAACGAAAAACCAAUCAGAUUUGUUUCUUCUAUUUUUGCCAUUGAGUGCGGUUUGUGUUUUGUGGUGGCAUCGUUAAAUGCAAUUAAGCAGAUAUUCGCAGAGAAUUUGCAAUAAAUUUUUACAGUAUUAAAAUAAACAUCCGCCAAAUAGAAUAAACACAACAACAAAAAGUAAACAAAAAUAAAAGUGGUGGAUAUCGUGUUUUGGUUUGCCGACUCGUCUGUCUCUUUGUUUGUGUGUUUUGCUUUUGCAUAGAGAAGCUCCUGUGAUUCUCUGUGUGAGUGACAAUAACAUUUAAGAGAAUUUAAAUCGAAGAGAGUGUGUGGUGAAAUUUGAAGAGACGUGUUACAGUGUUUCGAUUGUGUUCUAAGGUGUUGGACAUCAGUCGAUUAGAUACACUUGUAAAUUUCCUUCAUCAUCUAUCCCUGUCUUCCAAGCGGCGCAAGUCGGUGAUUGUAAGAGUGCGUGUGUGUGUGUGUGCGACUGUUUGAUUGUGGCACAUCAUCUGAGCCCGCAUUCCCAAGGACACUAAGGACAACAAUGAACAUGCAGACGGUCCAGUAUUUGGGACCAGCACAACAGGCCACCCCACCGCCGCCAUUUCGUUACAAUGGACCUACGAUGCAACCGUAUGCUGCUCCGCAACAGCAUGUUGCAGCCACCCUGCCACAUGGCCAUCAGCCUCAUCAUCAGCAGCAGCAAUCACCUUGGUUUGUUAGCAGCAAUGCCAGUAAUGUUGGAGGUGCCGCCACUGUAGUUGGCGUUGGCCAUGAGAUUGCAGCUGCUGCUGUUGCUGGCGUCGGGAACGGAGGUGGUGUUGGUGUCUCAACAGCAACAACUGCUGGUUUUAUGCCAAAUACAAAUCCAAUUUACAGCACUACACCAAUUAAAGGAAAUCAGCAUUCAACGUUUACUAAUCAACGGGAUAUAAUAACAAUCAAAACCAAAACAACAACAGCAGGCAUCCAGCAACAGCAUUGCUAACGAAUCAACAAAAUUUCAGUCAACAACAACAACAACAAUCAUCAUUUACUACUGCAACUACAAAUCAGGUCUUGAAUACAAACAAUCCCAUAGUUACCGGUGCCACAAUAACAACAACAACUCCCUCGUCAGCAACUGGAGCAGCAGCAGCAGCAACAACUGGUCUGGGUCAAAAUUCGAUUAAGAAUAAGCAUUCAAUAACAACGCAUCAUCCCCAUUUACAACAGCAACAACAACAACACCACUAUCAACCGCAACAUCAUCAGCAUCCCAGCAACAACAACAACCAUCACAGCAACAACACAACAGCAGCAACGAUGGGUCCCACCACAUUGAAUGGCACACAGCCACCACCAGCUCAGCUCCAGCAAUAUCAGCAACAUCUACAACAGCCACAGGUAACGACUGAUACGCAACAACAGCAUCUGCAUCAUCCACACCAACAGCCGCAUCAGCAACAACCUCAACAACAGCAGCAGCAUCAACAACAACAACAGCAAUACCAACAAACCGGUUCAGAUCAGCUGUCGAAAACAAACGUCUACAUACGCGGCUUGCCCGAGGGAACGACUGAUAAAGAUUUAGUUAUUUUAUGUUCAGAGUAUGGUACUAUAGUUUCGGCCAAAGCUAUAUUUGAUAAGACAACAAAAAAAUGUAAAGGUUACGGCUUUGUAGAUUUCGAAUCACCGGCAUAUGCUGAGAAUGCCGUAAAAUCUCUUCAAGCUAAAGGCAUUAAAGCACAAAUGGCAAAAGUGGGUGUUUGGGUGCUCCUUAGGCCGGCCAUACAACAAGAACAGGAUCCAACAAAUUUGUACAUCACAAAUUUGCCGCCAUAUUUCAAAGAGACUGAUUUAGAGAAAAUGUUAUCGAAGUACGGACACGUGGUGUCGACCAAGAUUCUGUGUGAUGCCCAAUUGAAUUCUCGAGGUGUCGGCUUUGCACGCAUGGAAAAUCGCGAAAAAUGCGAACAAAUUAUACAAGUCUUGAAUGGUACUACAAUACCGGGUGCUAACGAUCCAUUGGUGGUUAAAUUCGCUGACAGCGGCUCAUCAGCCAAAAAGAAUCUAUUGAAAGCCCGUGAUCCCAACAAUCGUUCGCGUUUGGAUAUAUCAGCCGGAACAGCAGGUAUGGAAAGUAUACCUGUAACCCCUGAUCCAGGGGCUCAGCAAAAUGGUACUACAGCUGGCUAUACUCGUUUUGGUACACCCCAAAUAGGUAGUUAUCCCUUGGCUAGUUCUCCAUGGAUGGGCUAUAUGAUGACUACAACUGCUACACAGCCAGCUGCAGCAUUCGAGAAUCAGUAUUUACAAUUGGCUUCUUCACCACAACAUUUGAGCGUUUCGCCAUAUAAAACCGAUCUAGUGAAUACCCUACAGGGUCCAGGAAUGUAUUUGAAUGGUUCGGAGGCCGUAAUGCCAUAUGGAGCUAUGAUGCCACCCAUGGGUCCUUUACAGUAUAUAAGUCCCUCAUAUCCCUAUUAUGCUCCUCCAAUGAUUCCUACCAUACCUAUGACAGAUUCCUCUGACCAGGCAUUGAGUACUGCUGCCUCACCCAAUGGGGCUGCCUAUACACAAUUUUUACAUCCUUUAGCACCCAAGUAGAUGAAUGUUUUUGUUUGUUAAGUUCUAAGUCUAUCCAUAAAUGGAAAGAAACCAAAAUUUAUGUUUGUAACUGAAAAUCGAUGAUGAAUAAGAUAAAGAUAAAGUGGAAGAGGAAAUGGAAGAGAAGAAAUUAAAGAAAUGCAGAAAGAAGAAUGAAACCAAUCAAUGAUGAUGACGACGACGACGAAGAUGAAGAAGAAUGAGAUUUUGAAAAAACGCGCUUUUUAGUAAAACAAAAAUAAAUGAAGAAAAAAGAAAACAAAACAAAAGCCAAACUGGGCUUUUCUUUGGCUUUUUGUCUAAAAUUCAUACACACAUACAAACAUACAACAACACACUCAAUCACUUACAUCAUAAGUAUGCAAACAUCUGGCAACGUUUUAUACGACGAAGAAAAAUAAUCAGCGUAAUAACAAGAAUAAGAAGAAGCAGAAUAAGAGUAAACAAACAUUUAAGAAUAAGUCAAAACAAAAACAUGCUGUAGCUUUGCCUCAAGAAGACAACAACAAACAAAAAAAAAAUUAUGGAAAAAAAUAAAAAAAAAAUAUUUUUUUAUUUCUCUUACAAAGAGACCAGCCAACUCUUUGUUGAGCAAAUUGAGUGUCACACACAGAACCGGAUGCCAGAGCUGGCCAACACAACAUGCAUGUGUCACUGGCUUGGCCUGGCCUGGCCCCUGCGGAAAGGACAUUAUCAUCAUCUCAUCAUCACCAGCAUAUUUUUCGCCGUAGUCAAAUAGAAAUGUUUCUUCGUUUCGUUCUUUCUUUCUUUCUUUGGAAUACCAAGUAAUCUUAAGCUGCACAUUCCAUCGUUUAUUAGGGUCCGGGGGAGUUUGGAGUUGGUGCUGCUGCACCAUCCAACAGCUCCUUGGAAAAAAAAUGUUUUUUUUUAUUUUAAAGUAGUCAUGUGUUUUUGUAAUGUUUUUUUUUUCUAGUUUUAGUAGUUUAUAAUAAUAAAUGAAUUUUUUAUGGUUUUUUCCUCACCUCCUUUGUUUACUGUGUUUCUUAAGCUAUUUUUGUAAAAUUUCCAAAAAACAAAAACAAAAAAAAAUGAUAAGAAAAUCCCAGAAAAUCCAGUAGUUCUUAAAGAAAAUAAAAAAAAAAAACAAAAAAAAAUCGUAGUGGUAAACCAAUGAUAAGCUGAAGCAAAGAAAAUAAUGAAGACGUAAAGCGAAAUAAAAGUUUAUUAAAUGUAAGUGAAAAAAAGAAAAGAAAAACACACACAGAGGAAAAAACAAACCAUAAAUGUGGAUGUAUUAUUUAUUUUGAAUAAACGGAGAAAAUAAAACUUGAAAGGAUAUUUUUAAGUAAAACCCUGGA